CUCCAGCCCCCUUUUCCCUCCAUGGUUUCUCUCCGCUCCCGCGAGUAACUUGGCUCCGGGGGCUCCGCUCGCCCGCACGCCCGCACGCCGCCCGGGACCACGCCGCCUCCUCCAGCCGCCUCCCUCCGACGGCCCUCGCCGCGCAGGCCGGGUCGCCUCUCCCCCCUCCGCCCCCGCCGCGGAAAGUUAAGUUUGGAGAGGGGGGACGAGGGGAACAUGGACAUGAAGAGGAGGAUCCACCUGGAGCUGAGGAACCGGACCCCGGCAGCUGUUCGAGAACUUGUCUUGGACAAUUGCAAAGCAAAAGAUGGAAAAAUUGAGGGGUUAACAGAUGAAUUUGUGAACUUAGAGUUCCUCAGUUUAAUAAGUGUAGGCUUGUUUUCAGUUUCAGACCUCCCAAAGCUACCUAAAUUGAAAAAGCUUGAGCUCAGUGAAAAUAGAAUCUUCGGAGGUCUGGACAGACUAGCAGAAGAACUUCCAAGCCUCACACAUCUGAACCUAAGUGGAAAUAACCUGAAAGAUAUCAGCACCUUGGAGCCGUUGAAAAGGUUGGAUUGUCUAAAAAGCCUGGAUCUGUUUGGCUGUGAGGUCACUAACCGGAGUGAUUACCGAGAAACUGUCUUCAGGCUCCUGCCCCAGCUGUCCUAUCUGGAUGGCUAUGACCGAGAGGACCAGGAAGCACCUGACUCAGAUGUGGAGGUGGAUAGUGUAGAGGAAGCCCCGGACUCAGAUGGAGAGGUGGAUGGUGUGGACAAAGAGGAAGAGGAUGAAGAAGGAGAGGAUGAAGAGGAAGAGGAAGAUGAGGAUGGUGAGGAAGAGGAAGAUGAGGAAGAUGAGGAUGAAGAUGAAGAUGAGGAUGUAGAAGGAGAAGAUGAUGAAGAUGAAGUCAGCGGGGAGGUGAAUACAAUUGGUUUUUUCCCUGUUGGUGUCAAGGCAAAGAUGGGCGUGGGUUAGAAAGCAGGCAAAGGCUGAUGUGGCAGCUUUUGUCUUCUUGAAAUAAGGGAUAUGCCUAGUGAGUGCUACCUGGAUUCAGCACUCAUCUCUGAAUUGCCUUUCACAUUAUCAAAGAAGGGCUGUGCUCAAAGUACUGAGAACUGGUAAGUUGUGGUUCAUGGUUAAAUGUACUCCUAUGUUGAGAGAGCAGCUACGUUUUUUGUAAGAAAAAGAGUACAUACCUAUAAGCAGGGAAGAUCACCACCUCAAGACCAGCCUGGGCUAAACUAGACUGUUUUCAGGACCACGUGCAAGGGUCCUGGCUGUAUCUGCACCCUCUGUUGUAUAAAAUUUAUGACUACAGCAAGGAAUCUGUCCAAACCAAUCCUGAAAUGUAAGAUGAUAAAAACCUGUGUUGAAUUUUCCUUUUUUUCUUUUUUAAGCCAGAGACUUGCAAGUACUCUGUUCUUGAGCUACCCACUCCUUUGAAGAUUUAUUUAUUUUUAUUUUGUUUGUAUGUGCAUGCAUGUGUGCACAUUUAUAUACAUAUACACCACAUGCAUGUCUAGUGGUCAUUGAAGUCAGAAAAGAGCAUUGGAUUUCCUUGGGGCUGGAGUUCCAGGUGGUUGUGAGCCAGCAGGUAGGUGCUAGCAGACAAGCCUGCAUCUUCUGGAAGAAUGUGCAGGACUCCUGACUGCAGAGCCCUCUGGCACUUUGUUUUUUCUUUUUUUAGCUCAUUAAAGUAGUUCAGCCAGCAUUCUGUGCAGGGAAGUAUGAGAGAUAACAGCUCUCCCUAGUGUUUGCUAAUAACUGUUUGGAGGAAUAUUCCUCUUUGCAUUUCUAUUUUUUUAUGAGGAAUUAUUGAUUGGGGGCUAGCCUUGAACCACUGAUCCUCCUGUGGCCUCCGUACCCACUUGCUAGAAUUACCGCUGUAAGACAUGACAUCUCGUUUUGUUUGUAUGGGUAUGGUCACAUUCGUGACACAGCCUACAUGGAGACAGAGGAGGCGACUUUUGUGAGUUAGUCUCUUUUGAUUCUCCCCUUUCAUCUCCGGCUUCCAGUGACCCGUUUUAGGUUUCCAGGAAUUUGAAGCUUGUCUUAACUGGUUGAGGCAUCUUACUAGUCCAUGUGUUUUAGUAGAACCUAAUAACGUUAGGCUAUUCUCUUGUUUAGGAAGAAGAAUUUGGACAUGAUGGAGAAGUUGAUGAAGAUGAAGAAGAUGAGGAUGAAGAUGAGGAUGAAGAGGAGGAAGAAAGUGGAAAGGGUGAAAAGAGAAAGAGAGAGACAGAUGACGAAGGAGAAGAUGACUAAGACCCGAAACAACCUGCAAGAGACAGAACUGUUGAGUAUUGGUUGGACUGCUCAUGGAUUUGGUAGCUGUUUUAAAAAGGUAGCUGUGAUACAAGCCCCAGGACACCCCCACCCAAAGAGCCAAAGAAUAGUUCCCGCGACAUUCCGCCUUCCUCCGUUUAGCCCCUUGGUAAUCCACCACCAAGCCUGGGGACUUCGCCCCAACAAAAUUGUAAACGUUGUUAGGUUUUCGUGUAAGACUCUUGCUGUAUCGUGACAGCUGUGAUUGGUGAGUUGACCGUCCUGGCUGCCAGUUACACUGCGAUUGUAACAACAUUUUUACUUUCUGUACAACAAGGAAAAGCUUUGUAAAUAAAAUCUUAACAUUUUGGGUCUGUUUUCUCAUGCUUUUCUUUUUUCUUUAUUAUUAUAUUUUUAAGGCAUUAGGACAUUUUGUGUGAUAACUGCCAAAACCGUAUUUUCUAAGACUAAGCAAAAUAAAUGCAAUACUCUUUGGUAA